GUCUCCUUCUCAACGUGUCUCUUUGAGGACUGAGAGAGUAUUGGGGUUCACGUACUUGAGCAUGAGGAGAAACCUCUUUCGAGUUUUCUCCUUUCUUUUUACUGAUUUUACUCGAAAACAGAUAUCCUUGUUUAGAAGCACCAUGACACCUGCCCUGGAGCCAGAGCGGGAGACCCACCUCCUUUGAGCUGCCCUGCAUGCCAGCUUCACCUUGGGCAUGGAGAAGGACACCACACAAGUCCAGGUUGAUCAUGUUAAAAUCAUGGAUUGAAGAGCCAGCUGUCAUCCUGCCAUGAAGCCUUGCUAAUUACCUGCAGUGGGAUGUGAAUGAGAGAAGCUAGGAGGUGCUGACUCCUAUAUGCAUUCCUAUGUGCAUUCCAUUGUGGAUGACUGACAAGCAGUACUCAAGUGGGUGCGAGGAUGCAGAUGGCAGAGCCAUCUGGAGAAUCACUGUCCUAAAGGAAGAGUCAGUGGAGUUCUGCAACAGAGCAUAAUGUCUCACAAACAUAAGUUUUCUCUCUUGCAAGUAGAAGGCAUGAGUGUGACAUACACUGAGGGAGUGAAGUGUCUCUUCUUCAGAAGCAUGUGGUUUCAGAAAAAAUACAGAUUGAAGUAAUCGAAGGAAAGCUCUGUACACUGGAAGUUCUAACCCAGGCCACGUGGCAGUAAGAAGGAACUGGAGAAGCAGUCAGUUCGUUCCACCCUUUAUACCUUCGUUGGAAGCACAAGAAAGGCAAGAGUGCACAUGUGGACCAAUGGCUGCUGCUUGUAAGAAUUCUCCGAUUCUAGGAGUAUGGAGCAUACACUCACAUCCACAAUGGAAUACACAUAGGGACCAGCACUCAAAGAACCACAGGCAUCUGGAGGAUAUUUGGGAGACACAAACUCUACCUUUGAAAUCCAGCUAGACACACAACCAUAUUGUUAGGUUCACUUUAGAGCCUAUGUCCAUUAGAACUCUCAUCUUUUAAGGAUAUUCCAAGGGAUUUAUAACAGCCAAAUAUGGGGCUAAGGUAACCAAGUGCUUCAAACUGUAACAUCACUUAUAAGGACAUUUUCUUUGUGUUUUUAGCCUCCUUCCAACAGGUAGAAGUUAACCACAGCACCUACAGCAUGAAAGAAAAAAAUAAACUAAGGGGAAAAAAGAGACCCAUUGGAAUAAAAACCUAGCCUUCCAAAAAUCCAUUCUAAAGCUUACUUCAGUAAUUUUCAAUGUCCUUCCAUUGCACUUUUAUGUUUUGCUGAGAAAGUUCAAAUAUUUUGUUUAGAAAUUUUUAUUAAAAAAAAAACAAAGGUGAUGAAAGAAUUAAUUCCUCUGUUGUAAAAACCCUAGAUGGACACACCCUCCCUUUGGGAAAAGUAAAUAAUUCACAAUUUUACUGCACACUGUCAGCUCUCAUUCAUUAGACUCAAACUCUAAGCCUUCCAGCAGCUCCACCCAUUGAAACAAUUUGCCCAGUGGGCAUCUGGAGGAGCCUUGGCACAUGUAUAAAAUCAGCACAAGUUAGAACAACCCUGCCAUAGUGUAUAGCAAAUUGCUUCGCUUUUUUAAACUGAAGCAGAAGAUUUUAAAAACUUUUAAAAGCAACCAUGUCUAGUAAGGGCUUCCAAGGUUUUAAACAACACGCAGAAGGGGAGGUCCAGGAUGCUGCAAAUGCGCUGGGAAAGUCUGCACAGCAGGUAGUGAACCAAGCUACAGAUGCAGGUCAGAAAGCUAUUGAUCAGGCUUGCAAGACUGCCCAAGAAGGUGUAGAAAAAACAACUGGACAAGCAUCAGAAGCCGUGUCUGGCCUUGGGAAAAAAAUUGGACUUAAGAAAUGAUGAUAAUUUAAACAAAGAGUGUGAGAUGUUGUAAUAUCAAUGUUUGCACUGCAAUUCAGUAAUCAUUUGUGUAGAAAUAUGAAAGCUGUUUGAGAUUUGGAUCAUUUACUGUGCUUAGCUUUAUGCCAUAUGCAGAAUGCUCACUCACUAAAUAGUUUUUAAAAAAAAAUCUUGUACGCUCUAGUCAUAAUCUCCCGUUCAACAUGAAUCAUAAAAGUUUCA